UGAAUGGUAGUGUCUAGAAAGGGUAUGUCCCUUCAAGAGAGAGGUGCCAAUGUCCAACCGGCCUAAUAACAAUCCAGGGGGGUCACUGCGACGUUCACAGAGGAACACUGCCGGGGCCCAACCACAAGACGACUCGAUAGGAGGAAGAAGCUGCGGUCCAUCAUCUGCUGGCAUAGUCCCACAGCCAGAGGAUCCGGACAGAGCCAACGCUUCCGAAAGGCCGAAAACGGGGCAGGUGCCUAAGAAAGACAGUUCUCGAGGAGUGAAACGCAGUGCUAGUCCAGACUACAACAGGACCAGUUCUCCUAGCUCUGCGAAGAAACCCAGAGCACUUCAGCAUACUGAAUCUCCCUCAGAAACAAGCAAGCCACACAGUAAGUCAAAGAAGAGACAUUUAGACCAGGAGCAACAACUGAAAUCUGCACAGUCUCCAUCAACAAGCAAGGCUCAUAACAGGAAGAGUGGGGCCACUGCUAGUUCACGGAGUCAGAAAAGAAAGAGGACAGAGAGUUCUUGUAUAAAGAGUGGUUCUGUGUCGGAAGCAACUGGUGCCGAAGAGAGAUCUGCAAAACCUACCAAGCUGGCUUCAAAAUCGGCCGCCUCAGCCAAAGCUGGGUGUAGCACCAUCACCGAUUCUUCUUCUGCUGCCUCUACUUCCUCCUCAUCUUCUGCUGUAGCCUCGGCCUCCUCUACUGUUCCACCAGGUGCCAGGGUGAAACAAGGAAAAGACCAGAACAAGGCCAGACGUUCCCGUUCAGCAUCCAGUCCCAGUCCAAGAAGAAGUAGCAGGGAAAAGGAACAGAGUAAAACUGGUGGCUCUUCAAAAUUUGAUUGGGCUGCUCGUUUCAGCCCUAAAGUUAGCCUUCCUAAAACAAAACUGUCUCUUCCAGGGUCUUCUAAGUCAGAGACAUCAAAACCUGGACCUUCUGGAUUACAGGCCAAAUUAGCAAGUUUAAGAAAAUCUACCAAGAAGCGCAGCGAAUCCCCACCUGCUGAGCUCCCCAGUUUGAGGCGGAGCACACGCCAAAAGACCACGGGCUCCUGUGCUAGUGCCAGUCGGCGAGGCUCUGGCCUGGGCAAAAGAGGAGCAGCUGAAGCUCGUCGACAGGAGAAGAUGGCCGACCCUGAAGGCAACCAGGAGACAGUGAAUUCUUCAGCUGCACGGACGGACGAAACUCCCCAAGGAGCGGCAGCCUCUAGUUCUGUUGCAGGGGCUGUGGGCAUGACCACUUCUGGGGAGAGUGAAUCGGAUGAUUCUGAGAUGGGACGAUUGCAAGCUCUCUUAGAGGCCAGGGGUCUUCCUCCUCACCUGUUUGGUCCUCUUGGUCCUCGGAUGUCACAACUUUUCCAUAGAACAAUUGGAAGCGGAGCUAGUUCUAAGGCCCAGCAGCUUCUGCAAGGACUGCAAGCAAGCGAUGAAAGCCAGCAACUCCAGGCAGUUAUUGAGAUGUGUCAGUUAUUGGUCAUGGGAAAUGAGGAGACACUGGGAGGGUUUCCUGUCAAGAGUGUAGUUCCAGCUUUGAUAACAUUACUGCAGAUGGAGCAUAAUUUUGAUAUUAUGAACCAUGCUUGUCGAGCCUUAACAUACAUGAUGGAAGCACUUCCUCGAUCAUCCGCUGUUGUAGUAGAUGCAAUUCCUGUCUUUUUAGAAAAGCUGCAAGUUAUUCAGUGUAUUGAUGUGGCAGAGCAGGCCUUGACGGCCUUGGAGAUGUUAUCACGUAGACACAGUAAAGCCAUUCUACAGGCGGGUGGCUUGGCAGACUGCUUGCUGUAUCUAGAGUUCUUCAGCAUAAACGCCCAACGGAAUGCACUAGCAAUUGCAGCCAAUUGCUGCCAGAGUAUCACACCAGAUGAAUUUCAUUUUGUGGCAGAUUCCCUCCCAUUGCUAACCCAAAGGCUAACCCACCAGGACAAAAAGUCAGUAGAAAGCACUUGCCUUUGUUUUGCACGUCUAGUGGACAACUUUCAACAUGAGGAGAAUUUACUCCAGCAGGUUGCCUCCAAAGAUCUGCUAACAAAUGUUCAACAACUAUUGGUAGUAACUCCACCAAUUCUAAGUUCUGGGAUGUUUAUAAUGGUGGUUCGCAUGUUUUCUUUGAUGUGUUCCAACUGUCCAACUUUAGCUGUUCAACUUAUGAAGCAAAACAUUGCAGAAACUCUUCACUUUCUCCUGUGUGGUGCCUCCAAUGGAAGUUGUCAGGAACAGAUUGAUCUUGUUCCACGAAGUCCUCAAGAACUGUAUGAACUGACAUCUCUGAUCUGUGAACUUAUGCCAUGUUUACCAAAAGAAGGCAUUUUUGCAGUUGAUACCAUGCUUAAGAAGGGAAAUGCACAGAACACAGAUGGUGCGAUAUGGCAGUGGCGUGAUGACCGGGGCCUUUGGCAUCCCUAUAACAGGAUUGACAGCCGGAUCAUUGAGCAAAUCAAUGAGGACACGGGAACAGCACGUGCCAUUCAGAGAAAACCUAACCCCUUAGCCAAUACUAACAGUAGUGGAUAUUCAGAGUUAAAGAAGGAUGAUGCUCGAGCACAGCUUAUGAAAGAGGAUCCGGAACUGGCUAAGUCUUUUAUUAAGACAUUAUUUGGUGUUCUUUAUGAAGUGUAUAGUUCCUCAGCAGGACCUGCGGUCAGACAUAAGUGCCUUAGAGCAAUUCUUAGGAUAAUUUAUUUCGCGGAUGCCGAACUUCUAAAGGAUGUCCUGAAAAAUCAUGCUGUUUCAAGUCAUAUUGCUUCCAUGCUAUCAAGCCAAGACCUGAAGAUAGUAGUUGGAGCACUUCAGAUGGCAGAGAUCUUAAUGCAGAAGCUACCUGAUAUUUUUAGUGUUUAUUUCAGAAGAGAAGGUGUAAUGCAUCAAGUAAAACACUUAGCAGAAUCGGAAUCAUUGUUGACAAGUCCACCAAAGGCAUGUACGAAUGGGUCAGGAUCCUUGGGGUCCACGACGUCUGUCAGCAGUGGAACAGCCACGGCUGCCACUAACGCCUCAGCUGACUUGGGAUCCCCCAGCUUGCAGCACAGCAGAGAUGAUUCUUUAGAUCUGAGCCCUCAAGGUCGAUUAAGUGAUGUUCUAAAGAGAAAACGACUGCCAAAACGAGGAUCAAGAAGGCCAAAGUAUUCACCUCCAAGAGAUGAUGACAAAGUAGACAAUCAAGCUAAAAGCCCCACCACUACUCAGUCACCUAAAUCUUCUUUCCUGGCAAGCUUGAAUCCAAAAACGUGGGGAAGGUUAAGCGCACAGUCUCACAGCAACAACAUUGAACCGGCCCGAGCUGCGGGAGUUAGUGGUCUUGCCAGGGCCGCCUCAAAGGACACCAUAUCCAAUAACAGAGAAAAAAUCAAAGGUUGGAUUAAAGAGCAGGCGCAUAAAUUUGUAGAGCGUUAUUUCAGUUCUGAGAACAUGGAUGGAAGCAACCCUGCAUUGAAUGUCCUUCAGAGACUUUGUGCUGCAACCGAACAACUCAACCUCCAGGUGGAUGGUGGAGCUGAGUGCCUUGUAGAAAUCCGUAGCAUAGUCUCAGAGUCAGAUGUUUCAUCAUUUGAAAUCCAACAUAGUGGAUUUGUGAAGCAGCUGUUGCUUUAUUUGACAUCUAAAAGCGAAAAGGAUGCUGUGAGCAGAGAGAUCAGAUUAAAGAGAUUCCUUCAUGUAUUUUUUUCUUCUCCACUUCCUGGAGAGGAGCCCACUGGAAGAGUAGAACCAGUGGGUAAUGCACCUUUGUUGGCAUUAGUUCACAAGAUGAACAACUGCCUCAGCCAGAUGGAACAGUUUCCAGUCAAAGUGCAUGACUUUCCGAGUGGAAAUGGCACAGGAGGCAGCUUUUCUCUCAACAGAGGAUCACAGGCUUUAAAAUUUUUCAACACACAUCAGUUAAAAUGCCAGUUACAAAGACAUCCAGACUGUGCAAAUGUGAAGCAGUGGAAGGGUGGACCUGUCAAGAUUGACCCUCUGGCUUUGGUGCAAGCAAUCGAGAGAUACCUUGUAGUUAGAGGGUAUGGAAGAGUAAGAGAAGACGAUGAAGACAGUGACGAUGAUGGCUCUGAUGAGGAAAUAGACGAGUCUCUGGCUGCUCAAUUCUUAAAUUCAGGAAAUGUACGACACAGGCUACAGUUUUACAUCGGAGAACAUUUGCUACCGUAUAACAUGACUGUGUACCAGGCAGUACGGCAGUUCAGCGUACAGGCCGAAGAUGAACGGGAGUCCACGGAUGAUGAGAGCAACCCUCUAGGAAGAGCUGGUAUUUGGACGAAAACUCAUACAAUAUGGUACAAACCCGUGAGAGAGGAUGAAGAAAGCAAUAAAGAUUGUGUUGGUGGCAAAAGAGGAAGAGCCCAAACAGCUCCAACAAAAACUUCCCCUAGAAAUGCAAAAAAGCACGAUGAGUUGUGGAACGAUGGAGUGUGCCCGUCAGUAUCAAAUCCUUUAGAAGUUUACCUCAUACCCACACCACCUGAAAAUAUAACUUUUGAAGACCCUUCAUUAGAUGUGAUUCUUCUUUUAAGAGUUUUACAUGCCAUCAGUCGAUACUGGUAUUACUUGUAUGAUAAUGCAGUGUGCAAGGAAAUUAUCCCAACUAGUGAAUUUAUUAACAGUAAGCUGACAGCAAAAGCAAAUAGGCAGCUUCAGGAUCCUUUAGUAAUCAUGACGGGAAACAUCCCAACAUGGCUUACUGAACUAGGAAAAACCUGCCCGUUUUUCUUCCCUUUUGAUACCCGGCAAAUGCUUUUUUAUGUAACUGCAUUUGAUCGGGACCGAGCAAUGCAAAGAUUACUUGAUACCAACCCAGAAAUCAACCAGUCUGAUUCUCAAGAUAGCAGAGUUGCACCUAGAUUGGAUAGAAAAAAACGUACUGUGAACAGAGAGGAGCUGCUGAAACAAGCAGAGUCUGUGAUGCAGGAUCUCGGCAGCUCACGGGCCAUGUUAGAAAUUCAGUAUGAAAAUGAGGUUGGCACAGGUCUGGGGCCUACACUGGAGUUUUAUGCACUUGUAUCUCAGGAACUACAGAGAGCUGACUUGGGUCUCUGGAGAGGGGAAGAAGUAACUCUUAGCAAUCCCAAAGGAAGCCAAGAAGGGACCAAGUAUAUUCAAAACCUCCAAGGCCUGUUUGCGCUUCCCUUUGGUAGGACAGCUAAGCCAGCUCAUAUCGCAAAAGUUAAGAUGAAGUUUCGCUUCUUAGGAAAAUUAAUGGCCAAGGCUAUCAUGGAUUUCAGAUUGGUGGACCUUCCCCUGGGCUUACCUUUUUAUAAAUGGAUGCUACGGCAAGAAACUUCGCUGACGUCACACGAUUUGUUUGACAUUGACCCAGUUGUAGCCAGAUCAGUGUAUCACCUAGAAGACAUUGUCAGACAGAAGAAAAGACUUGAACAAGAUAAAUCCCAGACCAAAGAGAGUCUACAGUAUGCAUUAGAAACCCUGACUAUGAAUGGCUGCUCAGUUGAAGAUCUAGGAUUGGAUUUCACUCUGCCAGGGUUUCCCAACAUCGAACUGAAGAAAGGAGGAAAGGAUAUACCGGUCACCAUCCACAAUUUGGAGGAGUAUCUAAGACUGGUUAUAUUCUGGGCACUAAAUGAAGGCGUUUCCAGGCAGUUUGAUUCAUUCAGAGAUGGAUUUGAAUCAGUCUUCCCACUCAGUCACCUUCAGUACUUCUAUCCGGAAGAACUGGAUCAGCUCCUGUGUGGCAGUAAAGCAGACACUUGGGACGCAAAGACACUGAUGGAAUGCUGCAGGCCAGAUCACGGUUAUACUCAUGACAGUCGGGCUGUGAAGUUCUUGUUUGAGAUUCUCAGUAGUUUUGAUAAUGAGCAGCAGAGGUUAUUUCUCCAGUUUGUGACAGGUAGCCCAAGAUUGCCUGUUGGAGGCUUCCGGAGCUUGAAUCCACCUUUGACAAUUGUCCGGAAGACCUUCGAAUCAACAGAGAACCCAGAUGACUUCCUGCCCUCCGUAAUGACCUGUGUGAACUACCUUAAGUUGCCGGACUAUUCGAGCAUCGAGAUAAUGCGAGAAAAGCUGUUGAUGGCAGCGAGGGAAGGGCAGCAGUCGUUCCAUCUUUCCUGAUCACAAUGAGAAACGCAGUGUCUGCCUGUUACAGCAAAAGAGAAAAAUCAUGAUUUCUUUUCUAAAUGUAUCACCUGAGUCAAGGAAACAUGUUACGCCUUCUUGUUGUAGGAAAACGGCUUGCAGAUUAUAAAAGAGACACUUGGUUCCUAUUCAUUAAUGGCCCCAUGGACUUAAAGUGAUCAGGCCCUAAAACGUUGUUGUGAUGAGGUUUCUUUAGCAAGUUCUUGUUUAAAUUAUCAUUUAUUUGACGAGUGAAGUUUUUAACUUGCUUUGCUGUGUGAAAUUUAAAAAAAGGGAUGUUUUUCCAGGCUGAAACAAUAAAUGUCGCUGUGCAGUUUAAUUCUGGGCUGUGUGUAUCCAUCUAGCUAAGUCUGCAGUUUUGUUUCCUCCAAAGACAACUCUUGUACAUAAGUACAGAAAUUAAAGCUCCCAUGUAUUUGACAAAUACAGUUUAGUAGGUGAGCUCUGUGUGCUUUUCACUUCCCCUGAGUUUCCCCGCCCUGAUCCGUGUACUGUCUGUGCCGCUCACACAGGUUUUUUGUAUACAGAACCCACAGUUGGUACAUCUUCGUCAGCCGUGGGCUUUCGUUGUUCCCUGUUCUCUCUCAAAUUAAGAUACAAUUUAGAAUUCAUGGAAUUGAAAUACGUUGUCAAUGUAAUUCAGCCUUUGUAACUAGGUAGGCUUUUCUUAUAGCUUAGCUUUACUAUAGUUGUAGGGUAUCACUGGCCUUGUACCAGGGACGCACUAGGACUGUUUACGUGGUGAUUCUGGCAACCACCGCCUCUGUGAUGGAGGCAAGGAGAGCUCAUUCGUUUCUUUUGUGUAGGUUAAAAAGUCUGCAGCUUGGGCUGGCCAGUAUUUAUUAUUCUGUGGCCAGAGCAUUUUGAAUUGAUGUAUACGGUUUUAAGCAAAGUUAGCAGUUUUCAUUCCCUGUUGGAGUAAAGAAAAAGUUUUCCCCCCUUUUUCUAGUUUUAAGUUUUUGUUCGGUGUCUUCUCUCGCUGUUCCGCUCUUCUCUCCCCCUCCUCCCAGUGCUCACGCGGGACAAACAGCUCAGCCUUUGUCUCGACACACAUCAAAGCACCUGUAGGCAAUGCUCUGUCCAGUUGUUUUCUGUGCUGAUUUCUCAAAUCUGCAAUAAUUCAUCAGGUUCAUGUUUUUACCUGAAAAUAAAUAAAGUUUGCUUCACCUUUUUUGUUUAUAGUUCUGUGCUGUAUGCAUAACUUUUAGUUGUAGAGAUGUAUCUCAAUGCAGGCAGACCAUCACAGCUCAUGGCUGAUUUCGCUAUUCAAAGAAUUUAGAAUAGCAACUGAAGAACAUAAAAUGUAGAAAGAGAAUGAGAGGAGACUCCUUCCUUCAUUCCUAAGGUUCAAAAUUAAGCCUGUUGAGAGAAUUUCCAUCAUUCAUCUUUCUGAAAAUGAGAGAUGAGCUAAUUGUUUUCUUAUUGGACUUUGAGAAAUCAAUUUUCUUUUGUUUGACUGUUCUAAAGUCUUAUUUAAUUGAUGUCAAAACCCCUUUGUCCCCUAUUUCACCACUUAAAAGAAACUCCGUGGCUUAUUUUAUUUAGAUUACUUCGUCGUUUCCACUUAAAUGGCCUUAUAGGAGCAUCCCCUCGUCUCAGUGCACCUGGGCAGUGACCCACCCCCCCCCUUUGGUGGGACGGAGCUGUGAGAGGAACUUGGAGUGUCUCUCCCUGGUCCUUGCAGAGGCUCUGGAGAGUGAGCUUGCUUCCCUUUGACAUCAGAGGAGGGAGUUGUGUUUCUGCAGUUCUAACAUUGACACCGUAGGACCUGUGCAGUUUAAUCAAGUGAAUCUAGUGUUAAAGAAUGAACCAAUUUGUUUUAAAUUGUUCUGAUACCUUUUUACAGACUAAGCGCAAAAAAGAGUUUUGCGUGAACAUAACCUUUUUGUUCCUCAUUUUUUAAAGGGUUCUGUCGUUAAAAUUUAGACGUAUGUAUAAACAAAGUAACACAUCAUAUUCAGAUAUCUUCUGUAUUUAACAUUUUAUCCACAUCAUGGCCCUGGCAGAUUUGGCCUCAUUGAUUUCAGCGUCUAAGGAGUGAGUACAUUGGAUGGUUUUGAAUCGCACUGUGGAGCUUGAUUGUUUCAAAGUCGGUAGUUCUCUGUUUAAAAGCUUUCAGUCUUUAGCUUACUCCUUAAUUUUGGGACGCUUGGUUAAUUAGGGGCAAGAAGACUUCCCACUUGAAAGCAAUCUCUCUUGGCAGAGGCCUUAAUAUUACAUCAUAGGGAAAAAUAGACUUCAUCUGCUGUUCCUCCAGUUAUGCCUUAAAUUUAUUUGCUGAGUAAUCCUGUCAACAAGCACUACUCUCUACGCUUUACACACGUAGACAGUCUGGAUAGUGGCUAAGAUUUUGUUGUCUUUUAGUGUUUGCUGAGGUGGAGUCAGUCAGAUGUUAGUCACAGCUAACACUGCCUAUGGCGUUGUCGUUUAGACAGUUACUGAUUUGAUCUGCUUUGUUUACGAAAACAUAGUCCUCACUAUUUAAGAAGGAAGAGUUGGUUAAAUGUAUUCCCCUCCUCCCAGCCCCCCCCCAAAAAAAGUGAAUGAAUUGUAAAUGCUAGGUAGUCUCAUCAGGAACAGACAUGGAGAGAAUUCUAGAUGCCUUAGCCAAACCCAGCAGAAGAAACCUUUCACACAGCUUCUCAUUGGAUACAGACUUUUCUUUCUCUUCCUGUGCUUCGGCUCUGGUUCCCUGUGUUUGUACUGAUCGAGAACUGUCUUUCCCUUAUAUUCCAUAAAGAAGAGAGUAUUCUAAAGUCUGUCCUGCAUUUGGCUAUUCUUGCAAGUUUGGUACAUAACAUGAAAAGGAGAGGUGCGGCUGGCUGGCUGACGUCACUUCCUGCCCUUCUUCAGGGCAUCCUGUGCGUAAAGGCCAUAGGCCGAGGGACAAAAAGCCCCAACUUCUGCAUCCAAGAAGUUAGAUUCAACUCUUGAUUUUCCGCAGUAAGGAUUAUCGCCAGCGACUUGUGAGUGUGUCUUUCCUUUAGUUCCCCAGGCGUUAAGGCUGUGCUCCCGAUUCCUGCCAGUAAAUUCAGGAGAUGGGAAUGUUUCUGAUAGUCCACGGAAGAAUGUGAUGAAAAAGGAGACUUGCUGGGGAAAGACAUAACUGUGCGUUCAGAAACCAAGUCCUUCCGGGGGGAUUCUGGAUGCUCUUGUUCAUUCUUCAUUAGCAAAGAUGAUCGAGCCUUUAAUUCAUUUAUCUUGGGCUUUGUUUUUUUGACCCACAUUAUUUUCCCUAUUGUAAUGAGAACAUUGUUUGAAAAUGUCAUACUCUGUAUUUCUUACUCUGAGAAAUGCUUUUGUAUGGGUCUUAGGUUUGACGCUGCAGUAGUUGGCAUACCCAGUAAGGGAUAACCUAGUGACAAAUCACUGAAAAUGCUUCCUUUGUUACCUCAAAAGAAAAAAAAUUCCAGACAAAAUAUAGCAUUUAUAUUUAUAGAAAAUGGAGGAUUGGCUGUUUUCCAAGAACUUCAAGUUAAUUCUUAUGCAAGAAAAAGUUCUUAACUCUAAAGACUUGUUCUGCAUAAGGAGACACUCUUUAAUAAUGGAAGAGGUGGUUUUAUUUUUACAACAAGCCUACUCAUAUUACCAAACCUAUAACCAAUUGCUGAUCUCCUGUGUAAAGCAUUUUUUUCUCUUAUCUGAAACAGUGAUUUAUAUGAACUGUUGGAAUAAUGGAACCUCAAACUACAGAUGUGUAUGUAAAAUUGCAUAAAUGCACUGACUUCCUUCUCCCUGAAUAUAUUUUUAAUAAACAGCAUUAUCCUA